GGCUUUCCUGGCGAGGGGCAGGCCGGAGUGUGGAACCCAUCUGGCUGCGCCCGGCCCCCAAAGAGAGCAGCCAGCCAGCCCAGGUUCUCUGAGGACUCGGGUUGGCUCCUCAAGGACCGACCGGCCUCUCCAUUCCAGCCGCCUCCUCUCCGCCCCCUGCAGGCCGGCUGGAGCGACCGCCCCGGGCCGGGUGCGCGAAGGGAGCACGGAACCAAAGAGCCGUAGCGCCGGUUCCGCCGACUUUCUACAAAUCCCGGGCCGCCCGGCCCCUCCGCGGAGACUCGGCGCGGAUCGUGGAUCCUCUUCCGUCAUGGCGCGGGUGCUGGUCGUGGGCGCCGGGCUGACGGGAAGCUUGUGCGCUGCGCUGCUGAGGAGGCAGACGACCGGUCCCUUGUACCUCGCUGUGUGGGACAAAGCUGAGGACUCAGGGGGAAGAAUGAUUACAGCCAGCAGUCCUCAUAAUCCUCGGUGCACAGCUGACUUGGGUGCUCAGUACAUCACCUGCACUCCUCAUUAUGCCAAAACCCACCAAAGUUUUUAUGAUGAACUGUUAGCCCAUGGCAUAUUGAGGCCUCUAACCUCGCCUAUUGAAGGAAUGGUUAUGAAAGAAGGAGACUGUAACUUUGUGGCAUCUCAAGGAAUUUCUUCAAUUAUUAAGCAUUACUUGAAAGAAUCAGGAUCAGUUCCUCACAGAAGAAUAGCUAUGUCAAACGGUGCAGAAGUCUACUUCACACAUUGUGUGACCCAGAUCAACCUGAGAAAUGACAAGUGGGAAGUAUCCAAACAAACAGGCUCCCCUGAGCAGUUUGAUCUUAUUGUUCUCACAAUGCCAGUCCCUCAGAUUCUGCAGCUUCAAGGUGACAUCACCAACUUAAUUAGUGAAUGCCAAAGGCAGCAACUGGAGGCUGUGAGCUACUCUGCUCGCUAUGCUCUGGGCCUCUUUUAUGAAGCUGGCACGAAGAUUGAUGUCCCUUGGGCUGGGCUGUACAUCACCAGUAAUCCCUGCAUACGCUUCAUCUCCAUUGAUAAUAAGAAGCGCAAUAUAGAGUCAUCAGAAAUUGGGCCUUCCCUCGUGAUUCACACCAGUGUCCCAUUUGGAGUUACAUACUUGGAACACAGCAUUGAGGAUGUGCAGCAGUUAAUCUUCCAGCAGCUGGAAAACAUUUUGCCAGGUUUGCCUCAGCCAAUUGCUACCAAAUGCCAGAAAUGGAGACAUUCACAGGUUACAAAUGCUGCUGCCAACUGUCCUGGCCAAAUGACUCUGCAUCGCAAACCUUUCCUUGUAUGUGGAGGGGAUGGAUUUACUCAGUCCAACUUCGAUGGCUGUAUCACUUCUGCUUUAUGUGUUCUGGAAGCUUUAAAGGAUUAUGUGUAGUACCUAUAUCCUUAUUCUCUACAUGUACAUUAGGUUUUUAUUUUCACAAUUUUCUGUUAUUGAUCAUUUUGUUUUCUAUUUUGUUAAGAAAAUUUACUGAAAAAUUGUUCUUCACUUAUCAUUUUUCAUGUGGAGUAUAAAAUCAAUUUUGUAAUUUUAAUAGUUACAAUCCAUGCUAGAAUGGAAAUUCCUCACACCUUGCACCUUUCCCUACUUUUCUGAAUUGCUAUGACUACUCCUUGUUGGAGGAAAAGUGGUACUUAAAAAUAACAAAUGAUUCUCUAAAAAACAUUAAAUCACAAUAGCAGUUCUUGUGCCAAAAACUUGAUUGUCCUUAUGAAAAUUUCAUUUCUGAAUAAAGAAUAAUCACAUUAUCAAGGCCCCA